AUGAUGACCGACGCAAGUGAGAUGUUGGCGGCAGCUUUGGAGCAGAUGGACGGGAUUAUAGCUGGUUCCAAGGCCCUAGAAUAUUCCAAUGGCAUUUUCGAUUGUCAGUCACCAACCUCGCCCUUCAUGGGGAGCUUACGAGUCCUCCAUCUUAUCGAGGACCUGCGAGGAAUGCUGGAGAUGAUGGAUACCGAUGAGAGGGAUGGCCUGAGGUGUCAGGUGCCGGACUCCACCGCCGAGUCCCUGGUGGAGUGGCUGCAGAGCCAGAUGGUGGUUAAUGGACAUAUUUCGGGUACUGUUGAUAUCUACCAGGAGCGGCUGGCUCGCUUGGAGAAUGACAAAGAGUCGCUAGUGCUGCAGGUGAGCGUGCUGACAGACCAGGUGGAGGCUCAGGGUGAGAAGAUACGAGACCUAGAGUUUUGCCUGGAGGAACACAGGGAUAAGCUGAAUGCUACGGAGGAAAUGCUGCAGCAGGAACUCCUGAGCAGAACUACACUAGAAACACAGAAACUUGAUCUGAUGGCGGAGAUUUCUACUCUGAAACUGAAGUUGACUGCAGUGGAGAAGGAUCACACGGACUUUGAAGACAGAUUCAAAGACUCAGAGUCUCUCCAUAAGACAAUAGCAGAAUUGAGGCAGCAGAUGGAGAAGCUGGAGGUGGAACUGGCAUUGUUUCAAGAAAAAAGGUUACAGUAUGGGGAUCAAGAGGGCCUGGUACAGGAAAUGACCGAACUGCGACACAGAGUGGUGGAAAUGGAGAAUGAACGGACCCAAUAUGAGAAGAAGCUAAAAUCCACCAAG